UUCAUACCAGAACCUAUGCCAAAAUAAGGCCUUAAACCCAAUGGCGUCGUAAGAAUACAAACGACGUCUCUUGGUGUCGUUUUUACCUGGUGUGUCUGUGUGCGUCUUCCCGUCUUCCCCAUCCCCGCCCCCACUUUUUCCAGAUUCCUUCUUCUGAUUCUUAUUAUGUCAUAAUGGCGAAGGGCCGCAAACUCACCACUAGCCGGAGCGAAAGGUUGCUCGGAAGCAACGCCUAUAGCUACGGUCACAGCCAGGGAUCCAGUGGUACCGACUCCUCCGAGCUCGGCGAGGACGAUGUCUGGUCCAUGGUCGGUACCUCCACGGACAUGGUCGACCACUCGGCGUCCCACUCCAACGGAGAAUGGAACUCUACUGAAGCAGUCUCCACCACAGCCGAGGGCAUGGCAAAUAUGUCAAUCCGUGGCCGACGCCGAAUCCACCCCGACGAACAACCCGUGGGCGGGCUGUCGUUGGCUUUUGACUCGAGCAAGACGACGUCGACUCGGAUCCUCCACCAGUUCCGCGGAAACGACGGCUUGUCGUCAUCCCCACGUGGUCACCAAUUGGCUACGUCGCUGCCCGUGAACGUACCGGAUUGGAGCAAGAUCCUCCGAGUCGACUCGGUCGACUCGCUGCACGAGUUGGAUGACGGGAUGGAGGACUGCGAGUCGGAGAUGGUUCCCCCGCAUGAGUACUUGGCGCGUGAGUACGCGUACAGCCGGAAGCCGGCGGCGACGUCUGUCUUCGAAGGCGUGGGUCGGACCCUUAAAGGACGGGACAUGAGCCGGGUUCGAGAUGCGGUUUGGAGGCAGACCGGAUUCGAUGGUUAAAAUGAAAAAUAAUAUAAUAAUUAAUUAAUUAAAUUUAUUUAGGGAAUUAAAAUUGAAGAGCGAGGGAAUCGUCUUUAUUUAAUAUAUAAAUAUUUAUUUAUGAAUUUUGUAACGGAUUGGGGUGGCUGGGACAAGGGGCCAAAGAUGAUGAUCGACGAUCGUGGAGGUUUGUGGAAAUUGGCAAUUCUUUUUCUAGGGCAAUGAUUCACCCGAGUUCACUCGGUCGCAAAUGAGCCCAAUUAUGAUUCUGAAUUUCGACUUGAGCUCCUCUUUUAUAUGUUUCUAUGGAAUUUUGGGAAUUUUUCAAUUCCAUUUUCUCGUUUCUUUUCUUUACUGUAUAAAUAGUUUUUUUUCUCUGUCCACGAAUUUUAAUGUUUUGUACCAAUUUAAAAAAAAUAAAAUCAGUCGUCAUAAUUAUAAACUA